AUGUACAAGCUACCUCACAAUGCGUUCUCAUUGCUUGAAUACUACUUUGCUUUUACCCACUCAUGGCUACCCAUGACCGAGAAGGCCACUCUUCUGAAGAUCAUGUACUCAUACCCAUCGGACGGCCUACCUCUUGGGCCAAUCAACAGCGCUGAUCACGCCGAACUGUGGAGCGUGAUGGCUCUUGCAGCAACCCAGACAACCGACAACACUGCCUCAGAUGCAAUCGAGCAGAUACGCCGUAACGCUGACAGUCUCCUGCCUUGCGGAAAUUCUCCUUAUGAAGUCCCUCACAUCAGGGCACUCAUGCUUAGAGCUGUGGAUGAUUUACAUCGGUUCCAGCUUCUAUCGGCUUGGCUACGACUAGGAGGAAUAGGGUCGAUCGACGAAGACGGUCUGGAUGAAUGGGAGCCAUGGUCUGAUCCACUCGUACCUCCCGGCCUCGGGACUGAGGCAAAGAUCCCAACAAGAGCAUUCAGCACUCUGAACGAGCUUGUCAGAUAUUAUUCUCGAUUGAUUGAAGACGAUAAGUCGGCUGGAGUUCACAACAACGCCACAGACAACACAGACGAGUGCAUCGUGACAACACUGCUCCGCAAUGCUGCCUCGAAACAAGGAAGAGUGCAGCCAUCCGAAAUCGUGACAGUCUAUUACAAAACCAUGGAGAGAAAGGGUUUGGGUUGGACGUCGAAUACUCGGCCAGACCUCAACCCAGCUUGGUCGCUACCUGACAACUUUCCUCCUGAGCCACAAGAUAUCAAUCUCCAGCCAGUCCCUAGGCAGAGCUACCCUUUCAUGACCAUGCCGAACGAAAGCGACCAACCAAUGACCGGUCUGGAUCAGACCGAAACUAACAUGUUCUGGCCGAUGUUCCAAAGCCCACUUCAGCAAUCAAAUACGCCUGCUGGAGGUCAGAAUGCCGCUAUGGACGUGUUUGACGAGCUGGCGACGCUAGAACGACAAGAGUCGGCUCAUCACCCGCACUUCAUGCAGAACCUUGGCUUCCCUGAUCUAGAUUUGGCCGAGUUCUUCGGGCCUGAUUACCAAACGGGUCGCACAUGA